AUGAAUGAUAUUGAACCCACUAAACCACAGCUGAACUUAAUAAAGCGCUUGAUCUUAUUACACUUCCAGUUUAAGCUAUAUAUUACACAUGAAGCCAAAAAAAAAAGUUUCUAUAACGAGUUACUUAACAAGAUAAUCAAGUUAUUAGUUAAUCCUGUAGAUAUAGAUCCAUUAAGAACACUUUUAAAGUUAGGAAGGGAGUAUCAUUGCACUAAUAAUGUAUACAAAGGAAAUACCUGUUAUGGACUAUAUAUAUAUGGAGAACCUGGCUUAGGAAAGACAAUGCUCAUGGAUUUAUUCUAUGAAACUAUUGAUACAACUAGAAAGAAGCGUAUUCACUUUCAUGAAUUUAUCAAAGAUAUAAAUGAUCAAAUCUAUCAUGCAAGGCAAAGGAUGUGCACUGACUCAAUAACUUUUGUGGCUAAUGAAAUCAAAAAAACAACUGAUAUAAUAUGUAUAGAUGAAUUUCAGAUCAUCCACAUUACUGAUGCAAUGAUAAUUAAACGUUUAUUUAAUAUUUUGUUUGAUUUGGGUAUAGUUGUCAUUAUGACUUCUAAUCGACCACCAAACGAUUUGUACAGCGGUGGUUUAAAUAGAAGUAAUUUCAUAUCUUUUAUUGAUACUCUGAUGAAGUUUUGUAAAGUAUAUAAUUUAAAAGGAGAAACAGAUUUUAGAUUAUCCCGAAUAUCAAAAACACAUAAUAAAUUAGAUAAACAAAAUAUUAAAUGUUUAGUUGUGGAUCAAAUACAUCUCAAGCAUAAGCUUAGAUCAUCUUGCUACUACUUCUCACCAAAAAGAUCAAUUGACACAAUUUUGAUGGAUAUUUACAAUAAUAAUGAUAGCAGAAAUAUAAAAGAUAAAUACCAAUCUUAUACACUUAAAAUAGGAUCACGUAAACUCAUUGUACCUUUUGUUAACUCUGAAUCUGCGUUAGUAUACUUUGCAGAUUUAUGUGGUGGUCUUACAGGAACUGAUGACUACGUUAUGUUAGCUAACACAUUUGAAAAAAUUUAUCUUUAUGAUGUCCCACAAAUGAGCAAUAUUGAUACUUUCUCAGCAAUCUUAAGACGUUUUAUUUCACUUAUUGAUAUUCUCUACGAUAAAAGUGUAGUGGUUACUUUAGAUGCAGAGAAAGAUUUGUGGGAGCUUAUAGAUUGCAUACCAACUGAAUUAUCACUGAUAGUGAAACUAAGACAUCAUUUAAUGAAUAAUUGGAGGUCUUUAGAGCAAAUUAUGCAAUACUUACGUAUUGAAGUGAUCCCUCAGCUUGUAGCUAAUAGUCCAAAUAUGCCACCAAGAGUAAUUCUAUAUAAUUGUAUAUUAACAAUAGCUGACCAAUUUGAACAUGAAGAAAUUAAUUGCAUUACACAAGUCAUUACAGAUGGUAUUCCUGAUAGAUCACCCCUUGAAGCACUUAGGUAA